AUGGCACCGCGCAGACACCUCGGAAGUCUCCCGCAUAUUCUACCAAGGCUGUUAACUUACUCUGUUCGUCCAGUAUCAGCCAUUCCGAAAUAUCCGACUUCAGGGACUCGAAAGUCGUCUACUCAAGCGGUACCGAAACCAGAUCAUCAUGCGCACACGACUCUCGAGCAUCCGCUUACGUUUCAAACAACCGCAUAUGGCUUGAUUGACCAGAAUGUAAAGAUUGAGGAGGAGCAAAUUCCCAGCUACGAAGCUUCGCGGUUUUAUCCGGUCCAAAUUGGAGAAGUUUUCCAGGGUAGAUAUCAAGCGGUGACGAAGCUGGGCUAUGGGAGCUCAUCAACAAUAUGGCUCGCCAGAGACUUACGGGACAAUAAGUAUGUCGCCCUCAAAAUCUACGUUCAUACUUCCCGCAAUCACCGAGAGAUCCCGGUAUACGAAAGCAUGUCACCGAUACUAGCAAAAUCUAGUAAUCCUGGGCGGAACAAUAUCAGACACCUACUGGGUUCCUUCGAGAUCAGUGGUCCCGAUGGCCGCCAUAAAGUUCUCGUGAUGCAGCCCGCUCAGAUGAGCCUCCGUGAUUUCAAGCAAGUCUUUAGACCAGACGGCGGGUUCGAUGAAAACUUUGUGAGAGGAGCCACCCAGGAGCUACUCAAGGCCCUCGAAUUCAUCCAUGAAGAAGCUCAACUAGUACACACAGAUAUACACCCUGGAAAUCUGUUGCUCGGUCUAGACGACGAUUCACAGCUUGAACCACUGGUAGACAUGGAGCUGAAGUCACCUGUCGCCCGGAAAAAGGUCACAGAGGGCCGUACUAUAUACCUCUCACGUUCGAUGCGCCCAAAGCCAGGUCCCAUGCUCUUAUCGGAUUUUGGUGAAGCUAGGACUGGAACUGGACCGUUUGCAGGCGAUAUCAUGCCGAUCCAAUACCGCGCGCCCGAGGUUAUAAUGUGCAUUACCUGGAACCGCCCAGUGGAUAUCUGGAGCGUUGGACUAACGGCUUGGGACCUUCUUGGUCCGAAACGAUUAUUCACGGCGAAAGAUGAAGAUGGAGACAUGUACGACGCAGCACACCUCGCAGAGCUUAUAGCAACACUUGGCCCGCCACCCCAGGAAUUUCUGCAACGCAAUGUCGAGAGAACGGCUGACUUCUGGGACGAACAAGGCAAGUGGCUUGGACUGGCACCUAUUCCGAAAGGUCGCUCACUAGAGGAGCUUGAGACACGGCUCGAAGACAGUACGGGCUUCAUUGCGUUUCUGCGACGUGUUCUGACAUGGAUGCCUGAAGAUAGACCUACAGCGAAGGAAUUACUACUAGAUCCGUGGGUCAGCGGGGAGGACAGAAGCACAUAG